ACAGCCAAUAGGAAGCCCGAAUGGCGAGGAAGCGUCUGCCUAUCAGCCAAUGGAGAGAAAGCAGCGAGAGCGGUCGCGCAGAGAAGGCCAGAACCGGUUUACUGGAAUUGCAGAAGCGGUCGGUGGUCCAAGUACACAGCAAUCAUGUCUAUUAUGUCCUAUAACGGAGGGGCCGUCAUGGCCAUGAAGGGGAAGAACUGUGUAGCCAUCGCUGCAGACAGGCGCUUCGGGAUCCAGGCCCAGAUGGUGACCACGGACUUCCAGAAGAUCUUUCCCAUGGGUGACCGGCUGUACAUCGGCCUGGCCGGGCUAGCCACAGACGUCCAGACAGUUGCUCAGCGCCUCAAGUUCCGGCUGAACCUCUAUGAGUUGAAGGAAGGCCGGCAGAUCAAGCCUUAUACCCUCAUGAGCAUGGUGGCCAACCUCUUGUAUGAGAAACGGUUUGGCCCCUACUACACUGAGCCAGUCAUUGCCGGGUUGGACCCGAAGACCUUUAAGCCCUUCAUUUGCUCUCUAGACCUCAUCGGCUGUCCCAUGGUGACUGACGACUUUGUGGUCAGUGGCACCUGUGCUGAACAAAUGUACGGGAUGUGCGAAUCCCUCUGGGAACCCAACAUGGAUCCAGAACACCUGUUUGAAACCAUCUCCCAAGCCAUGCUGAAUGCUGUGGACCGGGAUGCAGUGUCAGGCAUGGGAGUCAUUGUCCACAUCAUUGAGAAGGACAAAAUCACCACCAGGACAUUGAAGGCCCGAAUGGACUAACCCUGUUCCCAGAGCCUCCCCCCCCCUUUUUUUUUUAAAUAAAAUAGGCUUUCUUUCAUU